AUGGCUACCGAUAUUGCGUUAUAUGCUGACCGCCUGGCUCAGAAAGAGCAUGAAUUAAUUGAGCUUCAAGCUACAUUUAACAAGUAUAAAUUAAAGAGCAAAGUGAAAUUUGAUCAGCUAAGAAAAGAAGUUAGUGCUUACUGUAGUGAUCACGGGUAUUCGAUCGACGAUAAAGAGAACAAUGCUUUACUACUGAUUCGGUUGGCUGAAACCGAGGUGGAGCUGGAUGCUGCCUGCAGAGAAGCAGAAGCUCUCCGUAAGGAAAUGUCCAAGAAGCAAACACAGCUCAAUGAUCAGCUCAUUCUCAUCAGGGUCUGUGAACUUAUCUACAUUUCAGGAGCCUUUUUAAUGCAAUCAAGUUUCAGAACAUGGAGGAACAGCUUCGUGCGAUUCAACCUUUAA